CCUUAAUUCUAAGUAUACAUAUAUAUAUAUAUUAACCUUUCAAAAUAAUUUACUUGUGUCAACCACACAGUAGAAUUUGAGUUGUUUUUUCCAUUUACAGAUUUCAUUUAGUCAAGAUGGUUCGUUUCCAAAAUAUGACACCGCAAGAAUAUAAAGAGAAGUAUGAAAAUUUCAAGAUAAAUUACGGUAUCUAUCCUACACCUUUUGGAGAUUGUUUAAUUGGUAUUACUAGCACUGAUAAGGCAAUUGUACACUUGACGUUUGCUCAUAAGAAUGAGACAGCUUUGACUGAAUUAAAGAACAAUUGGCCUCUUUCCAAAAUAGUAGAAGAUACUUCAAAUGAAACAAAUGAAAUUUUAGAGAAAGCCUUUUCCAACCAUGCAUCUGUAGAUGAUUCUAUUUUGAUCCUUAUGAAAGGUACAGAGUUUCAAAUAAAAGUUUGGAAAGCCUUGAUGCUAAUUCCAUGUGGUACAACUGUUACUUACGAAGAAGUUGCACAUAAUAUAAAUAAACCAAAAGCAGCUCGAGCUGUUGGAAAUGCAUUAAUGAGAAACAAUAUUGUUUAUUUGGUGCCAUGCCAUCGUGUAGUAGGCAAAUCUGGUAGUAAUAAAUAUAAGUGGGGAACAAAAUGUAAAGAAAAUUUUCUAAUGCAUGAACGCGAAUGUGCAAACAUUUAAGUUUUCUUUUAGAUGCUUACAUAUAUUUAUUUUUUUUAAUAAUUCUUAGCUUUAUAUAAAUAAAUACUUAAGUACUAAUUUUUAAUUUUAUAUAAUCAUAGUAAUCAUAUUACAUCAAGUUCUGUUACUUACAAAAUAUUUAUUUCAUAAUAUAAAUAUACAAACUUAUUGAAAAUUCCUUAGUAUUUGUAUACAAUUACAUAAAAUACACACUUGAUGAUAUAAAAAGAAGAAUUAUUCAUUUUUCUACAUUAAGGAGUGGAUAUUAUACAAACGUUUGAAGCAUUAUUGACUAAUCAUAUAUAAUACUGCCAAAAAGCAGUUAUUUUUGGGGAAAAAUUAUUUUUGUUAUCCUUAAUGUACAAGUAUGUAAUAUAAAUUAUAUACAUUUAAAAAAUAUUUAAUAUUUAAAUCGUCAAGUAAAAAUUUCUAUUGUUAAGUUAAAAUUAUAUCAUAAUUCUAUCAAAUUUCAUUGCACUCUUGCAUAUUGUAACAGGAACACUAUGACAUUAGGAUGAUCUUCAGCAUUCAUAAUAAUUCCAAGAUGGUAGUAUAAAUUGAAGAUAAAUAGAAUCAUUUAAUUUUAUAUUUGCAUUUAGAUAGUUGUUUUGUAUAAAAAUGUUGCAUUUUUUGUGUUAAUUUUAAUAU